GUUUCAGGAAACCAGCGAUUCCCAAUGAAUUCGACUGCAGAUUCUGGAACUUUCGUCGCAAAAUUUAAUGCAUGGAUCGACUUCAUCGGCUCCAAAAAGGCGUUCUUCACCAAUUUGAAAAUUCUCGCUGAGAAUGGAAUUCAUGAAUCAGUGAUUCGAGCACUCGUUCUGCACAAUGCAAAGCUACCAAUCCCAAAAUGUGUUGCAACAGAGAGUUCAGUUGAAAUUUAUAAUUCUGCAACAAUUUCUGGUAUUUUCUCUGCGUUCUCUGUGAGAUGCUGCAAGUGCUCCGAUAAUGUGACAAUUCCAAAUCUGUACAAACAUAUGAAACAACACGUCGAGAAGACGAGAUACUCCUGUUCCACGUGCAGUGGAAGAUUCGAAACAGAAGAAGCAGGCCUCCAUCAUCUCCUGAUUCACCGCAGACGAAGAAACGUCAAGCUCUUCGACGAGUGGGAUGGAGAAGCCGAAAAAAGGAUCGAUCAGCUUCUCAUGCGAUCUGUCGCGAGAAAGCGAGACUGAAACGCAGAAGUUUGGUGUCAAAAACUUGUGGUUGCUCUCUUAUGAUAAUUAUCUCCCCCACCUAUGCCCAAAUCUCUAUCAUUUUUUCCUCCAACUGAUAUUUUUUCCCUCAUUUUUUGAGCCAAGUAACAUUCAUUGUUUAUUGUUUUUAACAUUUUCUAGGCCGGUCUAAGCCGUUUCCACAAAUACUCUUCAAUUUCUAUUUGCCAAUUUCUCCCCAACCAGCUGCAUUCUUGUCCAAUAUGCACAAUUUUUCUUUUUUAUUUUCAUCGUCCCUCUCCCAUCAUUUUUCUCUUUCCCUCGUCACGCACUUAUCUCUGUCACUAUGAGAUUCUUAUCUUCUUUUUCCAUCUUGAAUGUUCACUUUCAGCUCUUUGAGAAUAAUCUUAAAAGUUCUUGUGGCCUGAAAAAUAGUUGAAUAAACUUGGUAUCAGGUA